AGCCUCAGUCCCCUCCCAGCACAGCCUCCGCCCGCAAGCCUUCCCUCCCUACCCCUCCCCUCCUUAUUUUGGAGAUUAGAGUUCAUUAAUUAAAUCCUGCGCUUAGAUCGAACAGUAACAUUAUUCCAAUCACAUUUAUCUUGCAGGCGGUGACGGAGAUGGCAGCCGCGCUGGAAACGCGCGGGGGAGCCUGAGCCCGGGGCCGGGAACGCACAGCGCGCUCCCCGCAGCGCCGCCGCGCAGCCCCUCCAUCUUUCUGCUCACCAGCUCGGCCCGCUGGCCCCCUAGGCCCGCUGGUUGCAGCCGGGGGUCCCCGCGCGCCGCCGGCCCGCCCCUAGCCCGGCCCCGGCCGCCGCGCCCGCCCCCGCCGCCGCCACCACGCUCCCCGCGCGCGCGGACAGUCGCGCGCGCACUCGGGCACGCGGGCCAGCCGCCGGCCGCCCCAUGGACCCAUCGGCCCGGCUGCCCUGAUCCCGCCCCCCCAGCCCGGGAUGAGAAACUGCAAAAUGGCCCGGGUGGCCAGUGUGCUAGGGCUGGUCAUGCUCAGCGUGGCCCUGCUGAUUCUGUCGCUCAUCAGCUACGUGUCCCUGAAAAAGGAGAACAUCUUCACCACUCCCAAGUACGCCAGCCCGGGGGCGCCGCGCAUGUACAUGUUCCACGCGGGAUUCCGGUCACAGUUUGCGCUGAAGUUUCUAGACCCGUCAUUUGUGCCCAUUACGAAUUCUCUCACCCAGGAACUCCACGAGAAACCUUCUAAAUGGACUUUUAAUCGGACAGCGUUUUUGCAUCAAAGGCAAGAAAUUCUUCAGCAUGUCGAUGUAAUAAAAAAUUUUUCUUUGACCAAGAAUAGUGUUCGGAUUGGACAACUGAUGCACUAUGAUUAUUCCAGCCAUAAAUAUGUUUUCUCUAUUAGCAAUAACUUUCGCUCACUGCUUCCAGAUGUGUCACCCAUUAUGAAUAAGCAUUAUAAUAUCUGUGCUGUGGUUGGAAAUAGUGGUAUCCUGACAGGGAGCCAGUGUGGACAAGAAAUAGACCAAUCAGAUUUUGUUUUCCGUUGUAAUUUUGCCCCUACGGAGGCCUUCCAAAAAGAUGUUGGAAGGAAAACCAACCUUACCACCUUCAACCCCAGCAUCCUGGAAAAAUAUUACAACAAUCUCUUGACCAUUCAGGAUCGGAACAACUUUUUUCUCAGUUUAAAAAAGCUUGAUGGGGCCAUUCUUUGGAUCCCUGCAUUUUUCUUCCAUACUUCAGCAACUGUUACCAGAACACUAGUUGACUUUUUUGUUGAACACAAAGGUCAGUUAAAGGUCCAGUUGGCUUGGCCUGGAAAUAUAAUGCAGCAUGUCAACAGGUAUUGGAAAAACAAACAUCUGUCGCCCAAACGGCUGAGCACAGGUAUUCUAAUGUAUACUCUUGCAUCAGCAAUAUGUGAAGAAAUCCACUUGUAUGGAUUUUGGCCUUUUGGAUUUGACCCCAAUACAAGGGAAGAUCUUCCAUACCAUUACUAUGACAAAAAAGGAACCAAAUUCACCACCAAAUGGCAGGAGUCCCACCAGCUGCCUGCUGAGUUUCAGCUGCUGUACAGAAUGCAUGGGGAAGGGCUCACCAAGCUGACUCUGUCACACUGUGCCUAAGAACUCCAAAUGGAGAGUGCCAAAUGGCUGUUUUAAAGUGCCCCAAAGUCAAGUUGAAUAGUCUUCAGAAUAGAACCCUAGGGAAUGUCUCUUAAUCUGCCAUUUGAAAGGAAGUAAUUCUCUUUCUUGCACUGCUCUUAUAAGGGGCUUGGCAGAUUUAGCAAGGACAGAUGGCAUUGAAACCAGAUGAUUGAAACUGGAUUGAUAAAGGGAAUGUUGCAUUUGGAAGUAUGCUGCUAACAAAAUGGUUUAAAUUAUUUUCGUGUUUGUAUUUUGAUAAAAAAAAAACAACUGCCUCCCAUCUUUAUGAGGAUGAGAGCUAGAGUU